AUUUUUUUCUCAAUAUUUAUGAUUCUUAAUUAGGAAAAUAAGAUUAUCGAAUAGAAUAUAAUGUAAUCUGAUUACUAAUCAUGAAUUUUAUAAUUUUCGAAGAUAGACCGAUUGUAAUUUGGAUUGGACCAAACAUGACCAAAUUAGACAAGAUACAAUGUUGAUCCGGUUCAACUCAACGGCCAAACCCAUAUCAAAUAAGUUCAUUGAUUGAGUGGUCAACCCAACCGACCAUUUAAAAACUUAUAUAAAGAACGUUGGGGCGACUUCAAUGGGAAAAGGGUUUCUUCGGUUGAGAAGCGAAAGAGGCACUCUCCACUCCAAUCCACGGCGCCAUUCCCAUUUUCCUCUCCGAGCUCCAAAUUCUAGUCUAACCUCUCGGAUCAAUACAGCAGUACUUAAAGGGCUAAAGCAUCUAAGGGCUGUCUCUACUCUUUUGCACGAUUUUGCAGCCGGCGAUGGAGUCCAAUUCUUCCAGGAGAACGAGCAGAGAGUCCCGAGUAAUGGAUAAGGAGCCGCAGAAUAUAAUUGUCAAAGUCCUGGGCAUGGAUGGGAGCAGCAUCCUGUUCAGAAUUAAUCAAGCUACCCCAUUGCGGAGGCUGAUGCUAUCGUACUGUGACUGGAAAGAGCUGGUAGUUGACGAUGUUUAUUUUUUGCAUAAUGGCCGCCGUUUGCUUCGUGAUGAUACGGCUCAGAAGCUAAAUAUGACGGAUGGAGAUGUUAUCCAUGAGUUCGUGCACCAGACAGGAUCUUAGCUAUAGCUGGGCUGGUAUGGAUAAAGAUUGUGAUACAUUAUUCUUGCCCUACGUGCCUCUGCAGCCAUCGUUUCUGCUCCUUUCUCUCUUGCCUUGUGUGAAUAAGAGACUACUUGUGGUAUGGAUUUACGUUGUUCAUUGUUCUAUCUAUCUAUCUAUGUGUAGAGCGUAUUUUCUUUUGGUAUCAGUGAAUCGGGAAGACAUUUCAUCUGUGUACAACCCUCCUCUUUCCUUAAAACCUUAACUGGGUUGGUCUAGUCAUUGGCAUAUGAGGUAACAUCCACCAUACAUUACGUAUUAUCUUCGUUAUAGCAAUUGGUUAUGAGCUGAAUGAGGUGGAUGGAAGAACAAGAGAUAUAGUGUUGGUUCACAUAGAUGGUGGGGGUGGAAGUGCUUCAGCUUGGCAUAUGAGGUAACAUUAUCAAAGAGGCGUC